AGUCGUCAACAGUCUGGCCACACUGUACCGCUGAAUACAUACAUAUUUAUCAUUCGUGUGUGCGUCUGGAUUUUGCUGUAUUUUUUAUUUAAGAAUGAAUUAUUAACUAACCAUUAAUAAAUUAUUAUUAAAUAAAAAACAGUUAAAAACCGCAAGUCUACCAUACACACCGCGAUCUCCUUGAAGACAGAAACACCAAGAACAGCAAUGGAGCAGGAGAACUUCCCCGGCCAUCGGUUGCCCCCGCAGCACCAGCACCUGCAACACCUCCAGCAGCAGCCCGUCCAGACGGGAUUCGCUCCGAGGCGGCAAUAUGACAGUCUAGGUGGCCCAUCGGCAGCGGUGAUGGCCGCCGCCUGUUUGGGUAAUGGCACCGCCCAGGCUGGGAGUGGAGGACCAUCUGGGGGCAGUCCGGGAAAGAGCGUUCCAAUGUUGCAGCGCCCCAUAAAGAUCAAGAAGGAGAAGAUAUCGGCGAGCCAGCAGCUGGCCCAACCGACACAGCUCUUGGAGCUUAGUGAGUCGGGAACAGGAGGGGGCGGGGGUGUUGGCCUCCUGCCCAACGACGAAGCCCUUAAAUUCGUUAGCGAGACGGAUGCCAAUGGGCUGGCCAUGAAAACUCCCGUCAGCGUUCUGCAGGAGCUGCUCAGCCGACGUGGCAUCACGCCGGGCUAUGAGCUUGUCCAAAUCGAGGGCGCUAUCCAUGAGCCAACGUUCCGGUUUCGUGUGUCCUUUAAAGACAAGGACACGCCGUUUACGGCCAUGGGUGCCGGGCGUUCCAAAAAAGAGGCUAAGCAUGCAGCAGCACGGGCACUUAUCGACAAACUGACCGGUGUACAGCUGCCAGAAUCGCCCAACAGCGGUGCUGCUGGGAGCAGUGCAGCUGCUGCGGGACUCACUUCUGUUGGUAGCGGAGGAGACGGUAGUGCCGGUGCAGCGGGAGGUGGAGAUGCCGGCGACAGGAUCGUGGGUAAUCCCAUAGGCUGGCUGCAGGAGAUGUGCAUGCAACGCCGCUGGCCACCGCCAUCCUAUGAAACCGAGACCGAGGUGGGACUGCCACAUGAGCGUCUGUUUACGAUUGCCUGCUCGAUUCUUAACUACCGGGAGAUGGGCAAGGGCAAGAGCAAGAAGAUAGCCAAACGCCUGGCAGCCCACCGGAUGUGGGUGCGCCUGCAGGAGACGCCUAUCGAUUCGGCCAAGAUCAGUGACAGCAUCUGUGGCGAGCUGGAGGGCGAACCCCGCAGUAGCGAUAAUUAUUAUGGUGAAUUGAAAGAUAUCUCUGUGCCGACACUGACCACGCAGCACAGUAACAAAGUCUCCCAGUUCCAUAAGACCCUGAAAAAUGCAACGGGCAAAAAACUUCUCAAAUUACAGAAAACAUGCCUGAAGAGCGCCAAGAUGGACUACAUCAAGCUGCUGGGCGAGAUCGCAACCGAAAAUCAGUUUGAGGUCACCUACGUGGACAUCGAGGAGAAGACCUAUACCGGCCAGUUUCAGUGCCUGGUGCAGCUUUCCACGCUACCCGUAGGUGUCUGUCACGGUACCGGUCCGACGGCAGUCGACGCCCAGCGGCAUGCCGCCCAGAAUGCACUCGAGUAUCUGAAGAUCAUGACCAAGAAAUAGGGGCAGCCAACUGGAUAGCAAAAUCUGAACGCACACCACGACCACGACGAUAAGCCGACGAUGCCAAUUCCAAUUCAAUACCGAUCGUGAAUGCAACCCAAAGAGUCGAGUGCGAAACCUGAGCCUUCGCAAGAGGAGCAGCAAAACACCAUCAUCAUCAUGUGGAAAUAUUGUGUUUAUUUGUUUUCUUAACGAUUCCUUCGAUUAGACAGUUGACUUUAUCCACUAUAUAUGUAAAUGUUCAUAUACGUCCACCAAUGUGCGCGUAUAUGGUUAUAUCCACACUUGCAUAUACAGACAAGUGUGUAAUAUGUUCGGGAAUCUUAGAAUCGCUUUAUAACUGUGAAAAACUCCAAAAAAAAACCUUAAGAAAUACAAAAAAUAAAUAGCUAUCUAUGCUUAAA